GGACAGCUCUGUCCUUGGCAGUGCCACCAUGCCCAGUGGGGACAGCUCUGUCCCUGGCAGUGCCACCAUCCCCACUGGGGACAGCUCUGUCCCUGGCAGUGCCACCAUUCCCACCAGGGACAGCUCUGUCCCUGGCAGUGCCACCAUCCCCACUGGGGACAGCUCUGUCCCUGGCAGUGCCACCAUUCCCACCGGGGACAGCUCUGUCCCUGGCAGUGCCACCAGCCCUGGUGGUGGCUCUCCCAGCAGUGGCUCUCCUGGUGGUGACAGUUCCACUGUCCCCGUGCAGGACAGGCCAGUCAAGGGCAGUGCCACCAGCCCUGGUGGCAGCUCUCCUGGAGGUGGCAGUGCCACCACUCCCCUCACUGGGGACAGGCCAGCCAGUGGCAGUGCCACCAUCCCUGCCAGGGACAGGGACAGCCCAGCUGGUGGCAAUGCCAUCAUCCCUGCUGGGGACAGGCCAGUCAGUGACAGUGCCACCAUUCCUGCCAGAGACAGCCCGUCCAGGGGCAGGGACACCCUCCCCACCAAGGACAGGCUGGGCAGUGGCAGUGGCACCGUCCCUGCCAGGGACAGUCCAGCCAGUGGCACUGCCACCUGCCCCCCCAGUGCCACCGUCCCUGCCAGGGACAGCACGUCCAGGGGCAGUGCCACCAUCCCUGUUGGGGACAGCACGUCCAGGGGCAGUGCCACCAUCCCUGCCAGGGACAGCCCGUCCAGGGGCAGUGCCACCACCCCCAUUGGGGACAGCACAUCCAGGGGCAGUGCCACCACCCCUGUCAGGGACAGCACGUCCAGGGGCAGUGCCACCACCCCUGUCAGGGACAGGCCAGUCAGUGGCACUGUCCCUGUCAGGGACAGGCCGGUCAGUGGCAGUGCCACCAUCCCCUCCAGGGACAGUCCAACCAGGGGCAGGGACACCCCCCCUGUCAGGGACACCCCAUCCAGGGUUAAUGCCACCACCCCCUCCAGGGACAGUCGAGCUGGUGGCAGUGGCACCAUCCCUGUCAGGGACAGCCCAUCCAGGGGCAGUGCCACCAUCCCCAGGGGCAGUGGCACCGUCCCUGUCAGGGACAGCCCAUCCAGGGGCAGUGCCACCAUUCCCUCUGGGGACAGCCCUGCUGGUGGCAGUGGCACCAUCCCCGUCAGGUACAGCCCAGUGAGUGGCAGUGCCACCAUUCCCAGUGGCAGUGCCACCAUCCCCAUCAGGGACACCCCAUCCAGGGGCAGUGGCACCAUUCCCGUCAGGGACAGCCCUGCUGGUGGCAGUGCCACCAUCCCAGUCAGGGACACCCCAUCGAGGGGCAGUGCCACCAUCCCUGUCAGGGACAGCCCUGCUGGUGGCAGUGCCACCAUCCCCGUCAGGGACACCCCAUCGAGGGGCAGUGCCACCAUCCCUGUCAGGGACACCCCAUCCAGUGGCAGUGGCACCAUCCCUGUCAGGGACACCCCAUCGAGGGGCAGUGGCACCAUCCCCUCUGGGGACAGCCCCGCCGGUGGCAGUGCCACCAUCCCCGUCAGGGAUGUCCCCUCCCGGCCCGUCCAGCCCACCCGUGUCAGCGUCAUCAGGGACGGCAGGACCCGGGGCCGGGUGGCACCGCCCGUGGACCCCCUGGCACUGCAGGGCCUCGGCAGGGCCGGGACCCCCCUGGGGGGCACCGGGGACUGGGGGGACCCCCGGGGACACCCCCACGGCGCACCCCGGGACGGACAGACGGGCACGGGCACGGGUCCUGCUGCCAGCGCUGCACAACAUCUGGAUGUGUCCCCUCACCCCCCCCGACCGCACCAGUAAAAACCAGUCACUCCGC